AUGGGACGUACAAGAACUAACAAUGACUAUGAUGAAUUAAAUUGUAGCUCUAGGAGUAGUGAACUUGAAAUUUCUUACCAGCAUUCAUCAACUACUGUGUGGGUGUGUGUCAUGUGUGCUGUCAACAACUACAUGCUCUAUUUACUGAACUUAAACUCUGUAGACAAGAAAAUGGGAAAAUCAAUGGCGUUUGGCAAUUUUGUUUCCCAGUCGAUCAUCCCUGAUUUUGCAAACAUUUCGGUAAAUUCAAAGAUAUCUGUGAUUCAAAGUAAUCUACACUCUGUCACGGUCGAAGGAGUUCCACACCAACUUCACCCACUGGAUCAAACAAAGAUGACAAGUAAGUAUUACAUACAUUUAUUUAAUAACACGCUGAAAUUCAAAAGUUGGGUACAGAAGAUUCGAGUCCUUUAUGUUAUUCUCAUAUUCUUUUUCAGUUCACAGCUAUUGCACUUUUUUAAUCAGCUGAAGACAGAAAUCCUUCAAUCGCAUAUCAUGGAGAGGACAUUUAUUGUCAUCCAGGAGCUUUUUACGGCCGCAGAGAAGAGUUUUAACUUAAAAAAAUACUUUUCGAAGUCACCAGAUCUCUUUGUGUUCAUGGUGGGUCAACUACAGCUGCAGUACAUAACUCAAUCCCGCAGCCAAUCAUCGCGAAAGAAAGGAAGCAAUAGAGAGGACGAGCUUGACUUUGUUGUGGUGUUGUUGCAGACACUUGUAUGUCUGUUUCGUGAGACAGACAUUCUAUCCACACGAUUGAUGGUCAUAAAAGCACACAAAGAACAAGCUAUCAAGGAUCUUCUCAAAUGCAUUGUUCUUCAUCCUUUAACCACAUCACAGCAACCAGGGCGAAAAAAGAUAAAACAUAAUGUGUUGCAGAUGCUCUUUAUCAAAAACCCAGGGACCUUUUGUGUAGUCCUCCAUUUAUAUCCUCCGGGUUCACUUCAUGGUGAUUUUUUGUAUGUGGACUCCUCCUGGGUUCUCAUUAGAAGGCAGGACCUCCACAUCAGCGCCAGGAUACUUAAGUAUCAUUGUCUGCUCACCUUUGCAUGGGACUUAAAGGAAUCCAAUUCUCGAGAUAAUUUCUCGCCAAGUCAUUCUCGUGAGGAUGCCUUGGUACUAAAAAGUGUAAUGAGACAUCUGCUGUUAUCACUUACAUAUGUAAUUUCUGUUUCUUCUCAGACUGAUAAACUAUUGAGAGAAGUUCUGGAAAAUGUUACUUCGCUUCUGUUUGAACUGAUGUGUGCUGUGCAUCAGGCCAACUGCUUUUCUGUAGAAGACAAUGUUCUAAACAUUUUUUGGCUCAUGAAUAUUAUCGAAGCCCAAGAACAAACAGUGAGUAUUUCACUUAAGGACAUUAAGUAUCUCGCUAGGUCUUUCAAAAAUUGCUUGUACAUUUGGUUUGCAGACGAGGGGAGUGGAAUUAUUGAAAGGUUUAUCAGAGGGUACCCAUCAGAAUAUUAUAUCAGAAAGUCAGUGGUAAAGAAGAAACUCUCCACCACGUUUUCCCUGACAAGUCCCAUAAUAGAACUACUGGAGAAACUCACAGAUUUUUAGUUAAAACAACCAUCACUUAGAUGACGAUAGAAACAUUUCUCGUUCCCUCUAUCAAAUCUAGUGUCUAGGUAUCAUAUUGAAAUCUCUUUCUCACUAAUAGCAGUUCAAGAG